GGGCGUUGGACCAGAACCGGAACUCUUUGGAGGGCGGACCGCAGAGGUUGUCUGAAGGCCGAGGCCAAGAUGGCGGCGCUGGCGGCUCCUGGCCUGCUCUCUGUACGGAUCCUGGGUCUGCGCACAGGCACAGUGGUCCAGCUGCGCAGAGUCCAUCAGAAUGUGGCCACUGAAGGCCCAAGCAGCACACAGUCUGCCGUGUCCAAGGCUGGAGCUGCAGCCGUGGUCCCCAAGCCCUCCCAUCUUCCCAGAAGCCGGGCCGAGUAUGUGGUGACCAAGCUGGAUGACCUCAUCAACUGGGCACGCCGGAGCUCCCUGUGGCCCAUGACCUUUGGCCUGGCGUGCUGUGCUGUGGAGAUGAUGCACAUGGCCGCACCACGCUACGACAUGGACCGCUUCGGUGUGGUGUUCCGUGCCAGCCCUCGCCAGGCUGAUGUGAUGAUUGUAGCUGGCACACUUACCAACAAGAUGGCCCCUGCACUCCGCAAGGUGUACGACCAGAUGCCCGAGCCCCGCUAUGUGGUAUCCAUGGGGAGCUGCGCCAACGGCGGAGGCUACUACCACUACUCCUACUCUGUUGUCCGUGGCUGCGACCGCAUUGUGCCGGUGGACAUCUAUGUUCCAGGCUGCCCGCCCACAGCCGAGGCGCUCCUCUACGGCAUCUUGCAGCUGCAGCGCAAGAUCAAGCGCGAGCAGAAGCUGAAGAUCUGGUACCGCAGGUAGAGCUGCAGGCUGAGCGUGAUGAUCCCAGAAUUCCUUGUGAAUAAACCCACCCUGAUCCA